CUCGUAGAUCCUCAAGCUUCUUGGAAUAAUCCGACUGCAGUAUCUGCUACAUCGCCAGCAAGACCUUCAUCGUCAGCCAUGUCAACCAAAUCUAAAACACGAUCCAAAAAAUCGUCAAAGGGUAGCAACUUUCUCUCCCUUUUGCUAUGCUGUACAUUUGGAUCUGGAUCACUCCUUGACGACAAGGAUGGCUCUCGAGGUGGUGAUAGGUCCGAUUCGGAGCCUCAAACUGAAAGAGUCCUGGACCGGCCAUCAAAUCGAGGAGACAUGAGAGCGACAACCGACGAUUUGACUACACCUCACCACGCAGCACCCAGUGCGUCUGAUAUACUAUCACCCGAUCCUGGAGCGUCCUCGUCGGCAGAUGGAUCUAUUCCAUUGCAGCCUAUGGCGGCCGACCAUAAGCCCUUAUUACCACCAUUAUCUAAAGAGCACCAAAAUAAGAAAUGCCUUGUGCUAGAUUUGGACGAGACAUUAAUUCAUAGUUCUUUCAAGUUUAUUUCCAAUCCAGAUUAUAUUGUGCCCGUAGAGAUUGAAAAUCAAUACCAUAAUGUAUAUGUACUGAAGCGUCCCGGAGUCGACGAAUUUUUGAAAAUAAUGGGACAAUUAUAUGAGAUCGUUGUCUUUACUGCCAGUGUAGCCAAGUAUGCUGAUCCAGUACUGGAUAUCCUAGACAUACAUAAAGUCAUCAGUCACAGACUAUGCAGAGAUUCAUGUUACAACCACAAAGGCAAUUACGUGAAGGAUUUAUCUCAGCUGGGUCGCGACUUGGCGUCAACCUUAAUAUUAGAUAAUUCGCCAGCAAGUUAUAUUUUCCAUACUUCCAAUGCCGUACCGGUAUCGACAUGGUUCAACGAUCCCCAUGACACGGAGUUGACCGAUCUUAUUGGCUUCCUUACCGACUUGACCGUUGUGGACGAUGUCACUCAAGUGCUGGACACCAUGAUCAGCUCCAAAAUUGAGCCUGGAUCAGAGGCAGUAUAACGUGUCCACCCAUCAAUUUCGCACUCAUGUUUUCUCCAACAACAAAUGCCUUCUUUUAUUAUUUUGAAAAAGAAAGGAGAGAGACAAGAUCUAUACUACAAUGCUAUAUUAUUUUUAUUCACUCGCCAUUUGGAUACCCAGACCUUUUUUCCCCUCCCCUUUAUGAGACAGAAACCAAAACUUCGGCUAACAUAGAGCAAACAACAUUUAUGGCAACUUUUUAUGUUUUACGGACAUUCCAUGACGUUGAAUUUUCUUUCUUUGCCAUUCUCUUUCUUUGAAAUCAAAACACUUCUCUUCUUUACACUUGUACCAUUUUCUUCCAAUAACCUCUUUUUAUAUUUGAUGCCUUAAUACAAUGUACCCCUUUCCCCUAAACUUAUGGCUCGGUGGCUAUACGGCUUCCUGGUAUGGAGCUGGACUUGAACACGUGUUAGUGUAACUUCUCGCUAGGCGGGAAUAU